CUGGGAAAGCAUGUGUACUGUUUCACUAUUCCGACAUUCCAAGUCUAUAUUUCAUCUGUUACUCUAUUCCCUUAUCCUCUCCCCUAUCCUUCCGCAACAAGAUUUUCAUCAUGCAACUCUCAGCUAUUCUCGCAGCCGGCGCCGCCGCAACUCUCUUUUCUGGUGGCGCCGCACACCCAUAUGUUUCCGAGCGAUCGGUCGACCUACAAACACCAGCUCCCAUCAACUGCGUGGUGGUACUGAGAUUUAGAGCAACUGAUCAGAUGGUUCGAGGCCAGAGUCGCCUAGUUCCAGCCGGCGAUUCCACCAGAUUCAAGCUCGGAAACCAAUCGUAUCUAGUUUUCACUGGCAGGGAUUGUACGGUGGUGGAUCCUGCUGCCGGUGGACAGUUACCUGCUGAAUAUUAUUUUUUCGGGAUGCCCUCGCCACAAAUAGACUCAGACUGA